GCCAAACAUUUUAACUCUGCCGGGAGAGGUUUGGAUUUCUGAGGAGCCUGCUGCAGUUUUAAGCUAGUUUUAGACAUAACACUUAUCUCAUUGACGUAGCAACAGCUCGCCGUCAAAGUGUUUUUCAGCAGAAUGAUUGGGCAGAAAACUAUUCAUUCAUUUUUCUCGCCGGUGUCUAAAAAAAGGACUUCUGCAGAGUUAAAUGAACCCGAGGAGGAUGCGAAAGAGCCGAAGAAGCAGAAGCCCUGUGCGGGGGAGCCGGAGCCCCGCAGCCCGCCUCCUGCGCCUCUGUCCCCGGAGCAGCUGGACCGGAUCGCCCGCAACAAGAGAGCCGCGCUGGUGAGGCUCUCCUCGGCUCCGACACCGCCGGGGCUCGGGGAGAGCUGGAGGAAGGGACUGUCGGCGGAGUUCAGCAAACCGUACUUCAAACAACUGAUGAACUUUGUUUCUGACGAGAGGAAGCGCGGCACCGUUUAUCCACCUGCUGAACAAGUGUUCACCUGGACACAGAUGUGCGACAUUAGAGAUGUCAAAGUGGUGAUUCUUGGCCAGGAUCCCUAUCAUGGACCUAACCAGGCUCAUGGAUUGUGCUUUAGUGUCAAAAGACCAGUGAAUCCUCCACCCAGUUUGGAGAACAUGUACAAAGAACUGGUCUCUGACGUUGAGGGCUUUCAGCAUCCUGGACAUGGAGAUCUGACUGGAUGGGCCAAACAAGGUGUGCUGCUGCUCAACGCCGUGUUGACUGUCCGAGCACACCAGGCCAACUCCCACAAAGACAGAGGCUGGGAGACCUUCACUGACGCUGUGGUUCAGUGGCUCAGCAACAACCUGGAGGGCCUCGUCUUCAUGCUGUGGGGGGCGUAUGCUCAGAAGAAAGGAGCUGCUAUAAACAGGAAACGCCACCACGUCCUGCAGACUGUGCAUCCUUCACCGCUGUCUGCUCAUCGGGGAUUUUUUGGCUGCAGCCAUUUCUCAAAGGCCAACGAGCUGCUAAAGAAAUCUGGAAAGUCUCCCAUCGACUGGAAGGAUCUUUGAGUUGUUAUGCAUGUUUGCUUUUCUACCACCUGUGACUAACAAAAACCCACCCAUAAGCUUUCUUUCUGCUGUUCUCAACAGUUCUACGUUUAGUGUUUCUUCAUGAAAGCAUUCAUGUUGGCAGUUUGUUCUAUACAAAUAUUCUUGAAAGCCUUUUUUCCCCUCAAACGUCCUGUUGUAAUGCAGUUUCCCUGUUGUAAAUAUGUUUUUGUACACUAUAGGCCUUUUUAGUUUGCACAUUAAAGUGUCCUUUUUUACUUUUCUACCGAAAUGCUGGAUCCAUUAAAGUGGUUCUAAAUAGUGA